AUGUCGAAACCCAUCGAAGAACCCAAUGUGUCCGCAGAAAUCUCCUUGUUGGCGGGGCAGCUGGAGGCUCGCUUUGAUCGUCUUUCCGAGAAGAUGGAUGCCUGUUUGAAUGAGGUGAUGAGCUUGAAGGGCCGCCCCCUGACCUCCAUCCCGCCGGGACCGGGUGCCUCCCGGGCUUCGCGCUUCUCCAUUCAAGGGCCUGGCACGCCCCGACGGGCUGGUGCAGCGCGUUCACCUAUGCGGUCCACGAUGCGCUCCAACUCCGCAGUCAGUUUAUCGGCCAAUCCCUUUCAACUCCACUUGGAUGCGAUGCCUUCUUCACCGGGAAUGGCUCCAUCGCAAGUGGGUCCUUCUCCGCCUACGGGGCCCCCUUCUCCAAGUGGUGCACCGCUGGGGGUGUCAAAUCACAAGAAAGAGGAGAAAAAAGAGGAGAGGCGAGCGCGAUCCCACUCGCGCAGACCACUCCGAGCGAUGGACCUGGAUUUCGCACGGAGGCUCCACGCAAAGGAAGUGUGCCAGGAGGUGGAGGCGAUGGACCAAGUGGUAGACAUGAAGCCCUUCAUUCGCUUGGUGCAUCGGUCAUGGGCGGACACGAUUUGGGAGAUCUUUGAUGAUCCCAGGCUAGCCUUCCCGGUCCAGCUGGACUGCGUGGUGCGUCUCAAACCUGUUGAAGUGGUCGUCUCGUUGGUGGUCACUACCCUGCAGAUCAGUGAGCUCCCUGUGUUGGACAGCGUUUACAAUCAAAUCGCUGAAAUUUUCUUUGACACUCUCUUCUUCCUGGAGAACUGGGGCGACAUGCUUUCGGCCCUUGGCCUGCCAGUCUUGGCCUCCAUCGGAUUUGCGCAGCAUCUGCCAGACUCGUAUGUCGAGAGGAGCAUCCACAAGUUCUUGUUGCUGUUCCUCCCUUUGUGUCGCUUUCUGAAGCUGCUGCGAUACUUCGAGUCUUUCAGGCUCUUGGUGGAUGCCUUUGCCAAGUCAGCAGAAGCUUUGCCAGUUCUGACUUAUCUCAUGACCUUCAUCGUGCUGUUCUUUGCAACUGGUAUCUACUUGGUGGAAGAGAGAGACACCAUUCCCAGCAUGCCCCACUCCUUGUGGCUGGCCCUGGUCACCAUGACCACCGUCGGCUAUGGGGACUAUUAUCCAAAGUCCCUCUCAGGCUAUUUGGUUUGUUCGUGCUUGACCUUUGUGAGCGUCUUGUUCUUAGCCUUGCCGGUGGGUAUCAUCGGUCACGAGUUCAACAAGAGCUGGCAGAAACGGACUGAGAUGCUGCUCAAGACACGUAUGCGAAACUGCUUGGCCAAGUGGGGCUACGGCGCUUCGGAUGUGGAAAUCCUCAUCGAAUAUGCGGAUGCGGACGGUGAUGGCCAUCUGGUUCUGGGAGAGUUCAUUGAGUUGGUUCGCCAGAUGCGGAUCGGCGUGAACAUCGAGACUGCGGCCAAGCUCUUUCACAUGUUGGACAGCAAUCGCAAUGGAUUUCUGGAGCGAAGUGAGCUCCUUCGAAACAUUUUCCCGGAUGAGUACGUGAAGCACACGCAGCAGAUCUCUGAUGAGACGCUGGGCAGAUCGAGGCGGCGCAUCGGCAUGGCGCUGGAACGACUGGAUUCGUUGCGCUCGAGUGGAAGCUCAAAGGUUGGCCUCGAGUGCUUCGAUGCCGACCGCAUGGACCGCCUGGGACUGGAGAACGACUUGCAUGGCGCGGUGGUGGAGAGCUCGGAGACUUCCUCACCGACGGAGGUGGUGUUGCAGUCAUCGACGGAGGUGGUGUUGCAGCUCCCGCUGGAGAAGCGUGAGAUGAGGGAAGUGAAAGCGACCCUGUGA